GUCUAGAAAUAAUGUCAGUAUUUCCUGCCAACUAUAGCUUCGCUUGUACAUAAUAUUGCAUGGAUGUCCUACAUCUAAGUAAGACCUCAAUGGCUGGUCUUUUAAAACGAGCGUGUGCCCGUGAAAAUGUUUGUGAACAAAGAGGAAAACAGCUGCAAGUACUAAAAACUUUUGCCAUUUCUGUGGGUACAAAGUACCAUCUCUUCACGAGGGAAUCCCAAAAAAGAAUUGAUCACAAGGAAGGUACAGCCAACUACAUGGAACGUCAGGGUGCCACUAUCAACAGAGUCACUUCAUCAUUUGGACCAUCUCCAACCUUCAAGGUAGAAAAAAGUGAUGCAAGUUUUGCAGAAAGUGCUGCAAGAUUUCACUUUGAUCAACUACAGGAGAGAGGACAAUGGCAAGAUAGAAGGCUGGUGGCCUUGGCUAAACUCAAACAUUUAGGCCUAAUGAAUGCUAUAAAGAGUGACUCUUUGUGAGUUUUACCCUAUACUCCACAAGCGCAACUGACUGGGUAAACUGUUUAAAAUGAUUUGGGGUUCAAACAAAGAAAUAUUUACUGGGAUAGGAUGGGACUCAAACCAAUGACUUCCGGAUUGACGCACCGGCACUCAACUAACUGAGCUAUCUAACCCUAUUUUGGCUGUUUCUCUCUAUUGUCAAUAUCUUUGUUCGGGGGUUGCUGGUCAGAAGCCAUGCAACCAUUAACUGCCGUCGUGUAGCCAGGGAUCACACCGAAGUUACGAUACCUGGGAAGGGGCAGCUAGGGGAUCGUCAA